AGGUAUGAGGGGAUUUCUCGUUGACGCACCACAUUUCGACGACGGACAGCUCUCAGUCUAGCGCACACUCGUGUUUACAUCCCGGGUUUUGGCUACCGGGCGACGGGAGACGGAAGCCAGACGCACGGAUAUGGUUCCAGCGCACGGAGCCUGUGAUUGUUGGUCCAUUUUCUAAACCCACCGCGGUGUGUUGCUUUACGCACGGGGAGCGCGUGGAAUUACUGCAGCCGCGGCGACCGUGCGCGCACCGGAGCACAAGCCCGUGGGAUGACAGACCUCGGCGGCGUGUGGACGAGUGAGAAGCAGCCUCGUUAACGCCAGGACGAUGAGAUCCCCGGCAGGUCGGGAGGGAAACACCGGAGGGUUUAUCAGGCCGCGUCACCCCGCGCUCGUCUAACCACAGCUCACGGAGGCGACUGUUCCCACUGAGAUCGUUCGUUUGUUGAGCAACCGAAAGGGAGGAACCAUGUCCCGGACACUGAAGAAGAAGAAACACUGGUCCGGUAAAGUGGUGGAGUGCGCGGUGUCAUGGGGGAACCUCGGAGACUUCGGCUCCGUGGUGGAGGUUCUCGGGGGCGCGGAGAUGGGACAGUUCCCGCACCUGGGCCAGAUGAAGCUGGACGUGCUGGUGUGCCACGUCGGGAAGCUGCCGUACUACGGGGACGUGCUGCUGGAGGUGAACGGGACGCCCGUCAGUGGACUUACAAACCGCGACACCCUGGCUGUCAUCCGCCACUUUCGAGAGCCGAUUCGCCUGAAGACCGUCAAACCAGGUAAAGUGCUGAACUCGGACCUGCGCCACUACCUCAGCCUGCAGUUCCAGAAGGGCUCGCUGGACCACAAGCUGCAGCAGAUCAUCCGGGACAACCUCUACCUACGCACCAUCCCCUGCACCACACGGCUCCCUCGAGAUGGGGAGGUGCCCGGCAUCGACUACAACUUCAUCGACGUGGGAGACUUCCGGAUCCUGGAGGAGAGUGGCCUCCUCCUGGAGAGUGGCACCUAUGAUGGUAACUUCUACGGGACCCCCAAACCUCCGGCCGAGCCCAACCUGGUGCAGCCUGACCUGGUGGAUCAGGUGCUGUUUGAUGAGGACUACGUCGGUGAUGUCCCCAGAAAACGCACCACCUCGGUCAGCAAGAUGGACCGGAAGGACAGCGCCGUCCCCGAGGAAGAGGACGAUGACGAGAGGCCACCGCUAGUCAAUGGAUUGCCCGAGCUCAAAGAGAGGGCGGACUGGAGGAAAGCGGUGCCCAGCUACACCCAGUCCAGCAGCUCCAUGGACUUCCGCACAUGGAGCUCGCUUCCCCGCGAUGACAGCCUGGAGCCGCUGCCCCUUAACUGGGAGAUGGCUUACACUGAGACCGGCAUGGUCUACUUCAUAGAUCACAACACCAAGACGACCACGUGGUUGGACCCCCGCUUGGCGAAGAAGGCGAAGCCCCCUGAGAAGUGUGAGGAUGGAGAGCUGCCAUACGGCUGGGAGGAAAUUGAUGAUCCGCAGUACGGCACAUACUACGUGGACCACAUCAACCAGAAAACCCAGUUUGAGAACCCGGUCCUGGAGGCGAAGAAGAAGCUGAGCCAGGAGACGGCUGCGAUCCAACAAGCCGCUGCGGCUCCUUCCCAAGGCAAGGGAGGCGCAUCCGGCUUCACCCCGGACCCCAACCAGCUGAAGGGGGAGAUGUACCACACGGCGCUGAAGAAGAGCUCCCAGGGGUUCGGCUUCACCAUCAUCGGAGGCGACCGCACCGACGAGUUCCUGCAGGUGAAGAACGUUCUGGGCGACGGCCCGGCCGCCCACGACAACAAGAUGUCAUCUGGCGACGUGAUUGUUGAGAUCAACGGGCUCUGCGUGCUCGGCAAGACUCAUCCAGACGUGGUGCAGAUGUUCCAGUCCAUUCCCGUCAACCAGUACGUGGACAUGGUUCUCUGCCGUGGAUACGCUCUCCCCCCGGAUGUGGAUCUGAGCAGCGACGACCCUCUGCCCCCUCCUCCUCCUCCGUCGGCCAGCCAGCCCCAGCAGGCCCUGCACGGGGGGGAGGUGGUGACGGCCGUGCCCCUCAUCAACGGGCAGCCGCUGCUGGUGAAAGGCGACGUCCUGCAUGGCUCCUCUCAGGAGCUCCACUACGUCACCACGGACGCCAGCGGGCGGCCCGUCGUGGCCGCCAUGCCCAACGGCCGGCAGGGGGAGCUGGCGGGGAUGCUGCAGCCGGAGCUGGUGAGCGUGCCGCUGGUGAAGGGGCCGGGGGGGUUCGGCUUCGCCAUCGCCGACUGCCCGCUGGGCCAGAAGGUGAAGAUGAUCCUGGAUGCUCAGUGGUGCCGUGGCCUGCAGAAAGGAGACGUCAUCAAGGACAUCAACAGGCAGAAUGUGCAAACGCUGAGUCAUGCUCAGGUGGUGGACAUCCUGAAGGACUUGCCUGUGGGCAGCGAGGUCGAUGUGCUGGUGCUGCGAGGAGGUCAAACAUCGCCUGUGAAGAGUCUCAAGCCUAGACAGGAAAUGACGGCCAGCCUAGAGACCCUGGACGGUAUCGGCGACUCGGCGCCCCAGGCCUUGCCUUACCACUCCAACACGAGCACCCUGCGCUCCAUCGACUCCCCCAAACGAGACGCCACCGAGAUGUACCUGAAGUCCAAAGCCCUGCUGGACAGCAGACAGCCUCACACCAAAGACAUAGAUGUUUUUCUAAAGAGAGACAUUGAAACAGGCUUUGGCUUCCGAGUUCUGGGAGGAGAAGGUCCACAGCAACCAAAUGUGUUUCCCCAGGUGUACAUCGGGGCCAUCGUGGCCAACGGAGCUGCCGAGAAGGACGGUCGCCUGCGAGCUGGGGACGAGCUCAUCGGCAUCGACGGUGUGAUGGUGAAAGGUCGCUCUCACAAGCAGGUGUUGGAUCUGAUGACCAACGCCGCCCGAAACGGUCAAGUGAUGCUGACCGUGCGAAGAAAGGUCAUCUACAGAGAUGCCACAGAUGAGGAGGUCCUGGAAAUGACUCCAGUGCUGGUGAACGGUUCCCCCAAGCUACCUCGCCUGCCGAUGCCCAGCGCUCUGGACCACGAGUCCUUUGACAUCACGCUCCACCGCAAAGACAUCGAGGGAUUCGGCUUCGUCAUCCUCACGUCCAAGAGCCGACCGCCGCUCGGAGUCAUCCCGCACAAGAUUGGCCGAAUCAUCGAAGGCAGUCCCACCGACCGCUGCGGCCUGCUGCACGUGGGAGAUCGCAUCUCGGCGGUCAACGGGCGCUCCAUCAUCGAGCUCUCUCACAAUGACAUCGUGCAGCUCAUCAAGGAGGCCGGCCACGUGGUCACUCUCACCGUCGUUCCGGAGGACGAAUACCACGGCCCUCCGUCUGGAGCGAGUUCAGCCAAACAGAGUCCGGCUCUGCAGCACAGGGUCAUGGGUUCAAGGUCAGCCCUUCAGGACGAGCGUUAUAACCUCGACCUGGAGGAGAAGAGGGACGGACUCAACUGGUCCGACCACAAAACGCUUCCCCUCAGCGAGCAGGGGACCCUGUGUGUGACGGGACCCAACCAGGGCUGCCUGACGGUGGAGCUGGAGCGGGGACCUCGGGGCUUCGGCUUCAGCCUUCGGGGGGGCACAGAGUACAACAUGGGCCUGUACAUCCUGAGACUCGCGGAGGACGGAGCCGCUCAGAUCGAUGGAAGAAUCCAUGUCGGGGAUGAGAUAGUGGAGAUUAAUGGGGAGCCGGCUCGUGGCAUCUCUCAUACACGGGCUAUUGAGCUGAUCCAGGCCGGGGGAAACAAAGUGGCACUGCUGCUGCGUCCCGGAGCAGGCCUGGCUCAAGAUGGAAGUCAACGCGAUCAAAAAUUCAUUUCAUCCACAAGCUACUCCAGCGAGGUGUUUUUCUCUGACACAUCACCCCAGACCUCUCCAUACACCGCCGGGGCUCCCGUCUUCGUGUCCCCACCCUUCUCCAGCAAACUGAGACGUUCCUCCAGCUGGAGCACCCUGUCCCCACAGGGCCUCAAGCCCCGCAGCAGCAGUGGCAGCGGCAGCCGGGGUUUAAGCUCCGUGGAGGAGAGUGAUGAGGGGGCCGACGAGGAGGUCACAAGGCUUGCUCACCCCUCCCCCGAGCAUGUGAAGUUCUACAAGAGGACCAGGCCCACAAAAGACUCCAGAGAGCUAAGCAGCCCAAAGAAAACAGGGGAGACAUUUCCUAAAGCCAAAGAGCAACUUCACGGUCCCACGAAGACGGAGAGUCGGGCACGGGAAGAAGGGCUGAGCGGGAACAGGACGUCUCACACACAAACAAAAGCGGAAUCCACGAUCAUGAGGAGGCCUUCUCAGGUGGGACAGCAGCUGGCUUCGACUCUGCAGCAGCGAGGCCCUCAGAUGAGAGUCAAAGACUCCUCCAGCAGAGAGAGCUUGAAUCACGAGAAGAAGAACGGCAAUGGGGGGGGUAUUGAGACGAGGCGACACUCGCUAGGAAAUAAGAUGGAAGGGAGAGGGGAGAAGAUGAGGCAGGAGCAAGUCAGUUUCAAAAGGAGAGUGGGGGGAGAAACUCACCGCCUCAGAUCAUCACCUCAUGCAGCCAGGGACAGCGAGAAAGGAACAGGGAAAGACUCCUCCAGCAGAGAGAGCUUGAAUCAUGAGAAGAAGAACGGCAAUGGGGGGGGUAUUGAGACGAGGCGAUACUCACUAGGAAAAGAAAAGGAAGGGAAAGAGGAGAAGUUGAGGCCUGAGCAAGUCAGUUUCAAAAGGAGAGUGGGGGGAGAAACUCACCGUCUCAGAUCCUCGCCUCCUGCAGCCAGAGACAGCGAGAAAGGAACAGGGAAAGACUCAGGGCGGAGAGACGCUCAGGACAAGAGCAAACCUCCGGGAGACAGGAGCAGAGAUAGAGAGACGACAAACGGCAGAAGAGAAACCCUGUUGUCUUUCAAAGACGCGCAGGGUAGAAAGGUUUCUGUGGUUUCGCCCAGAGAGGCCAAAGGAAAACAAGAUGUGUCUUCUCGCUGCAGAGACGACGGCAGUAAGGACGUCUCUGUGGACUCUGUAGACAGUGUCCCAGGGACCCCGCAGGGCCCGGGGGGACCUAUCAGCCCCGGCCCCUGGAAAGUGCCCAGCUCAGCCAGAAUCCUCUCCCAGGCCGAGGUUCUCCGGGAGCCUUUGUGAUGGAAAAACAUAUACAGUCACCCGGAAUAUUAAACAGUGGAUUGUUUUCUCUGAGUUCUUCCAUAAAAUGCAGAAAACUAUUACUACGACCAGUUUCGUUUGUUCCUUUUCCUUUUGGGGAGUCCUGAGACAUCACAUGUAGCAGCUCGCCCCUGCCUCGCCCGCGGCCUCGGCCUCUUUGACGUGGGAUUGUGGCUCGGGGGCGUUUUGUCAGUCAGGACACUUUGAAAUGUGAAAAUACAGAUAUGUGCCAAUCCUGGGAGUCUCCUGUGGAACUACCAACAGAGCUUUUCCCUCCAUCGCAAUGCAACGACCCAUAUGCAAAGAAAUGGAGAAAGGCCUCCCCCCCCCGCCUCUCGCCUGUAGUAAACACCAACUGUGACUGUCAUCCAGGAUUUCAUUUUGCUCUCUCUCGGUCUCAUUGGGGGACAUUUUUGGACUCUGUCUUCUUUUUCUUAAAAGUUAUUUUUUAAAUCUCAGCUGCAUGCAGUCGGUCCUUCUGUUUGUUUACUGCACGUGUUCUGCACAUCACUGACGAUGAUCCUUUAGCCUUGUUUAUAACUCCCACUCUCCGAUUUCAAAUGCAACCCAGCAAGCGUUCACUUUACCGGGGGACUCUAGACUGUUCUAUGGUUGUAGAUGCGACUCUCCUCCAUUUAAAACAACAACAAAAAAAUAACAGUAUCGUUAAAAAGACCAGAAACUUGUGGUUUGAGAUCUUGUUUACCAUUGUGUACGAUAACCAACCAGUGUGUAAUUUAUUGAGAUAAUAGAUGAAUAUAUGUAUAUGUAGCCGUACCAAGCCAUUCCACAUUUUGAUAUAGACUUCAAAGAUUUGUCCCAUGUUAUUUGAGCUCUCACCCUAUUUCCAAUGUACUUCAGUGGUAGGAGUUACCAUGGGUCUUUGUAGUUCAUGAACUGUAUAGGUAACAUGCAAACCACCGUACCAAAGGUUUGCAGUCGCUCAAAACGUGUCUCAUUGUGAAAUAUUAUAUAUAAAUAUAUAUAUAUAUAUAUAUUUGAAUGUGUCAUAUUUGCAGAUUCUAACUUUAAAGAUAUCUAUUGAAUUUCCUUGCACUGCAUCUGCCCUUGUAGCAUAACAGUAACAGAAUGACCAUGAGUUGUAUUUUUAAUUUGUGAUUUUGACUUGCUACCAGUUCAUUUCCACUUUUUAUUAUUAGUAUAAUUACGAUUACUUUAUAAAGAUGUUUCUUUUUUUUCUAAAAUGUUCACUGUUAAAGGCCAAAUUUUCAAUUCAUAUAAUUCUGUGCAAGUUUUCAGUCAUCUCCC